AUGGAUCAAAUGAAUAUGCCUGAAGUUCAAUAUUUAUGUGCAACUAAACCAUGUUAUCAUUUACUUCGUCGAGAAGAUAUUUCAAAAAAUCCAAUUGUUAAAGAAAAUCUUCCAUUAAUUCUUAUUAUUAUGAUUAAUGAAUUUGAACAUGCACCAGAAGCUUCUAUUCAAUUUAUUCAAGCAGUUAAACAUUAUGAUAAUAAUUCAAGUUUACUUACAACUGUUAUUAAUUCACUUUUGCUUGAUUAUCAAGAUACAUCAUUAGCUAUUCAAUUAUUAAAAGAAAUUUGUGAAACUAAUUUUGUUGGUACACAAGUUGAUAAUCCAUCUGCUAAAACAACGGCAACAUUUAUUAUUGAUAUGGCUCGACUUGCUCCACAUAUUAUUCGAACACAUAUUCAUCAAAUAUAUGAUUUAUUAAAAGCUGAAGUAAUUUUUGAAAACAAACUAAUUCUUCUAUCUUAUCUUUAA